UUAUCUCUUGUUUUCCUAAGAUGAUAGUGAUGUCCAGUUUCCUUUGAUAUUAUUUUUCCAGUGAUUUUAAUUGUUGUUUUUUACUGCCCAUCAGUGGUGAACUGCAAAUUUGUGUGCCUUUUCUUGUGCGAUGAGUCUUCAUAGUCGGAAAGGAUGUGAAAAUUCUACGCUCAGAAAAUUGUUUUUCUAAUUCUAACCUCAAAAAUUCAUUGUUUCUGUGAUUUUUUCUUGGAUGUUGGUAAGAUGAAGAAAUUAUCACUGUGCAGCUAACGCUCUGAAAAUGAAGAAACAAUUUUUCCGCGUCAAGCAGCUUGCUGAUCAGACAUUUUCUAGGGCUGGAAAGACAGAAGUCCUGUCUGAUGAUUUGCAAGCAGCUGAUCGCCGAGUUGAAUUCAUCAAAGCAGCUUGCCAAAACACCACCAAAAAGUUAGUGUCAUCGUUUCUCAGUCAAGGACAAGAUGCAGCCUCCAGAGAAAAAAGGCUUAAAAAAAGUGCCGAGUACCAGUUGGGAAUGUCGAUGUUGGAGAAUGGAUCUCUGGAGGAAGACUGCCUGCUUAGACAAAUCAUAACAGAAUGUGGAAAACUAGAAAUCCUUCUAGCAAACGCAAUGGUGGACUAUGAAACAACAGUAGAACAGUCUGUUGUGAACCCUUUACAGCUAAUUCUAGAGAAUGACCAUCCCAACAUAAUGAAGCAUAAAAGAAACCUGGCCAAAUUAAUUCUAGACAUGGAUUCUGCCAGAACUAGGUAUCAAACUGCAGUUAAGCAGCAUGCAAGCAGUGGUAAUUCAGCGGCUUCCAACAAAGCUGAUUCAAUUAAAGAUGAAUUAGAAGAUGCCGAGUUCAAGGUGGAACAGUGCAGAGAUUUACUAGCCUCAGAAAUGUUCCAGUUGAUUGCUCGUGAGGCUGAGCUAGCCAAAACAAUUCUAGAAUUUGUAAAAAUACAAAAGCACUACCAUGAAACGGCCUUAGCAACACUGGAUGAAAUGAUACCUGAAUUAGAAAAUACUAUCUCCGGUAGUUGUAUAAAACCUGUUUUUGGCUGUGCUCUUGAAGAACAUUUACGAGUAACUGAAAGGAAAAUUGCCUAUCCUAUUGAACUUUGUGUAUGUGCCUUAUUGGAAUUAGGAAUGGAAGAAGAAGGAUUAUUCAGAGUAGCUGGAGGUGCUUCUAAAGUACGUAGAAUGAAAUUAAGUCUUGACGCAAGUUGUAUGACCUUAGAAACAGCGUUAGAAUACCGUGAUCCUCAUGUGAUAGCAGGAGUUUUGAAAUCAUAUCUGAGGGAACUGCCCGAACCACUAUUAACGCAUAAAUUACACGAUCAAUGGAUGAAUGCAGCUCGAAUGCAAGGUAGCAACGAUGCUCGCCUGCAAGCUAUCUGGACUGUAGUGCAAAAACUUCCUGCUGCAAAUCAUGAUAAUCUGCGGUACAUCAUCAAGUUUUUGUCUGCCUUAACAAAGAACCAAGAGGCCAAUAAAAUGACGUCGCAGAAUAUUGCAAUUGUGAUGGCACCCAACUUAAUUUGGUCCCCUGACUCGGACGGAACCAACAUAGGACUGAACAUGAAUGUCGCAAGCUUGCACAGCAUCAUGGUUGAUUGUUUAAUAAACUAUGCAGACUGGUUCUUCCCUGGCGAAGAGGAGUUCUAUGUGACUCUGGAUGCAGGUCUCAUACCCCCGCGCACGCUUGUCAAUGGUCAUGUGCGAUCAAAUAGUGGUGAUACUCAGAUUAUAAUCACUUCAGAUUCAGUUUCCUCCAAUCCAAGCGCAGGAGCCGGUGACAUCAAGAGGUCUCGAUCUAUUGAUAGCCUUAAUGACCCCAACAGUCCACCACUAGGGAGCCCACGCCCAGCCAUGAGAAAUCGUAAAAUGAAGCCUGUGGCACCAGUUCCACCAAAUAUGCAAGCCAAAGAAUCCCAACCAAUUGUUAACCAAAGCCAAUCGUCUAGCUCUAAAGUUGAGUCGCUCUCGCAGUCAACCCUUUCACCUCCGAUUGGUUUUGAGCGCUUUCAAACCAGAGCCAUUCCGGACCCAGGCGAGUCUGAUUCACCAAAGAAGAGCAUGGAGAAAAUAGAACAAGAAAAAUCUGUAAGCGAUAACAAACAGAGUGAAAAGGCAAAAUGUGAUAUUCUAGUUGAUAGUGAUAAUAGUGAUGUAAUGACCAGAUCUCUGGAUCUGUCUGCAUUUAGUCGCAAAAACCAUGAAAUGAAUAGUACAAGCAGUAAUAACAACAAUGAGAGUAAGGCAGACUCAAAUUUGGUCUCCCGGAGUCAAAGUAUCAGAAAAUCAAGUGGACCCAAUGCUGAGGGGCCCAAAAGCUCCACAGAACUCAUCUACGGAACAUUUGAACGGAAGCGACUGUCGCGACCAACACCUGCCCCAAGAACAUCGCUGGAAACUGGAGAAGGAGCAACAAAACCCGCCAUUCCGGAACGACCAGCUGCGUUGCAGCGGCCACUGAGUUCUUCUUUUAGGAUCAUAAGGCCUGGAGAUGGCUCUGAAGGAGAGGUUUGCCUCCUUGAACGAACUCACCUCUACCAAACAGACAAACCUCUCACAGCAACUGUUCAGGACUCGACAGGAAAGAAUGAGGUGGAGAGUUCAGCGUCUAAGAAAAUAAGCAAUUAUGAGAAUGUUACUUUAAUCGGGAAUAGGCCAAGACCAGCAUCAAUGUCCAUAGCCGACAGGAAAGACAUCGAUAAACCAGACAAGCCUCCCAAACCAGAUUUACUGACGGAUAAAAGUGCACCUGCCUUGAGUCGAGCUCACUCAGAUGGAAGCUCCAUUGAUGCAGUUCCAGCUCCAGCCGGUAAAACUCCUAUGACGCGAUUUACUAGGCCUACUCCACCUCCUCCUCCGCCCCCCUCAUCCUCUGUGAAAAGAGAGGGCUCUCUGUCUGAAAGCACUGAUUUAUGACCAGGCACUGGUUGAGCCCCUCCGGAAGCUUGCUUAAUCCUCAGAUCUUAUGCUUAUUUGGUCCGGAAGUGUUUAACUAAUUGUCUCAUCCUAGCCUCACUGGCAUCUGCAAGAUACUUAUUGAAUUUCUUCUGAGGCACAUCAAUCAUUUUUUCCCCGCUAUAUUACCCAAGAUUCUAUCCUCUUUGUUUUUUUUUUUCUCUUGUAGACUCAAUUUCAGAUUAGUUGAAGUAUACUUAAGCAAAUUCCCAGCUUUUAAAAACACCGGAAAUUGGAGGCUGAUAAAUUUCGUUUUUUGAUAUUAUUGUCUAUAUUGAUGAGUUGUGAGUGCAAAAGUAUUUUAAUUUUAAGGGUCGGAAUGCAAUAAUAGGAAAGGAGUAAAACUUUUUUCAUGGGAGAGGCAGUGAACAGCUAUUACCAGGUAGCUAAUGAGUUCUAAUAGGAGCAGUAAUAACUUUCAUCUUUAUCCAACUGUUCAUGGUCUCUUGCAUGACAGGUGUUGUAGUUUUGUAGUGUCAAUUGUUAGUUUUUUAUCCACACUUUUUUCCUCUGUCCUUUCUUUCUAUUUGUUUUGUUCACUUCUAGAAUAGAAGUAGGAUUGCAAAAUUAGAUUUGUACCUUUUCUAUUGCAUUUAAGCAGGAAUGUUUCGUCUGAAAUGAAAUUGAGUCGAUCUGUCUAUUCUUUUAUUUUUGUUGACAGAGAAUAUUUAUUUCGCAAAAUCCCGCAUAUUACCAAGAAAGUUUGUCGUUUGAUUGUAGUUAUGUGAAUUUGACCGUGCAUUAAUUUUGUAGACUAGUGUUUCUGGGUUUAAGAAACUUGUGAAGCAAUUUUUUUUCUAACUGUUAUUAAUUUAUCAUGGAAACCGUUGCCUUUUAAUAUUUUUUGUUAUACUUAAUGAGUGAAUCUACAAAAAUGUGUAAAAAAUUCCUCGGCCCCUGCUCUUUUUCCCAAAAUAUCAUUAAAUGAUUUACAAAACUACUUAGGUUCAUACUUGAUUCUUUGCUGAAUAACUUGAGUGAAGGAUUUUUCACCUUGUUCGAAUUGAAAUAGAGAAAUUGACGAAGUUUGUCUACCUUUAAGUUCAGGGAUGAAUAGUACAAUUUUAUGAAAUGUGUGUGCUCAGUUUUCUUUGACAUUGCUUCCAAAGUUAAACAUUCGAGAAAUAGUUCCUUCCAAGCACCUUCUGAAACUUUUGCACCGGAACGAUAACUUUUUGUAAGAAAUUAUUUUGUGGUAAUGUACAUUGCAGAAUUUUUUAACUUCAUUUUCUUGUUCAAACCUGUAUUGUGCAAAUCUGCCCGAUUGGACGCCUUAUAGCAUAGCAUAAUAUUCAAUCCCCCUAAUAAUUAUUAUUUCUCUUGUUGUUUUUUUGGUCUGUGUUACUACAUCUACUUAAGUACCCAACGUAGUGAACAGAAUUAUCUCAAUCGUGAUUCAUAUAUCUUUACAUUGUUUGCUUAAUUUGAGUAAAAUCCGACAGUGCUAUAACUUAGCAGAAGAGCAUUUUUGAAUCUGCAUAUUAUCUUUUUUAUUGCCUCAUGUACUUAAUCGAAAAUCACCUUAAAAUUCCAUCAGGUUUCCCCAAGCUCUUUUUUUCGAACCUUAAAAAGUUAGAGUUAAUGCAUUUGAGUAAUCUAAACACUCCUCAUUGAAUUUAUGUCAAAUUUUAUUUUUUUGUAACAUCUGUAUCAAAUUUGUCAAGACAGGUUGUCAUUUAUUUUAUGAUUGCAUUGAUUUCAUACCAAAAGGCAAACUGCAUGUUGGGUAAUCUGGCCCUUCCUUGCAAUAUUUUAUUUAAUUUACUUAUUGCUUAGAUGACAAAUAUUCUCACAUAUUGUAGCAAUUAUUUCUGUCUGUCUCUCUGUAUCCCUUUCUCAUAUUAUUUUUAAAAUUAUAUAAAUUCUCGAACAGGGCCCCAAAAACCGAAGCAAAUUUAACUAUCAGGCAUUUUGAAGUUAACAUGGAUACAUAGAAGAUAUCAAUCAUGUAUUUGUUAGUGCACAUAGAUUUAUGGAGAAUACUUUUUGAAAUGUCAAGUAAUGCACUUGCUCUAAAUUUUUGGCGUAUUACUUAUCUCCGUUUUAAUUCAAACAUGGAUUUCCUCACUUUGAAUCACACAGUGCCUAGUAAAGUUCCCCUUUUUCAUUGGUUUUUCAGCAAUACAUGGCCUAAAAAUAUUUUUCUUUCUCACAAUUCUUCUCUUUAAUUUGAAUCAUAACAAAAAACUGAGCCAUGACCCCCUUGUCUUACGUGUGAUCAAUUUGAUCGCAUCACCAGACCCCCCUUCUCACUCAGUGUAUUAAAAUUAAACAACACUAGACUGCUGCCUUAUACCUCUCAGCAAGAAAUCAAUCCAAUCAAAAAAAUUUUUUUUUUAAAUUUAUAUUAGCAUAUGAUGCAUACAACCCUGUCAACUUUAUGCAGUGGACUACUUAUGUAUACAUUUCCAAUUUUUAUUAUUACCAUAAAUUAUUUUUGUGAUCAUUCAAAACUAUUACUUUUUUAAAUUUUGCCAUGGAAAUGAAACUGAAAUGAUUCAAAGGAUGCAAUGCUAUUUAAACGUAAAAAUGUGCGUUUUUAAAAUUUUUCUCGGUGCUGUCCACUUCUCAAUUUUGUGUAUGUUAAUGAUUAGAUGAUUGAGUUUCUCCUUCCUUUUUUCUGAAAUAUCGCUUGUCCAGGAAAUUGCCAGGCAAUUAAUAAUGUUAAGGUUAAUUUUCAGAAUUGUUCAAAAUCUGUUGAGAAAAUUGCCUCUCUUAUAAUAAAACCACCUUGCCCUUGUAAAUCCUUCAGUCAUGGGUGUACUUGUAUCGAGAUCUAUCAAUAUAAUUUUUUGCUCUUUUAUAAUGCACUUCUAGGAACCAAAUUGACAAGGAUAUUAAUAGUGGAGACAUAUAUUUUUCUGAAGGCGUUGGUUAAACUGCUCAAAAUAUGAAGUAGCUAAGAUUAGCACUUGUUCAAAUUUGAUUUUUAGACUUUUUAAGUCUUUAAAGAUAACCCAGUUUCAUCUGAAUUAAUUUAGCUGUAGCUCGAUGUAUUCAGGAAUAUGAACUGAAUGCAAAGGUUAAAAGUUACGACAGUUCAUUGUCUGAUAUUUGCUCUUCGACUGGAAUUUUCUCAAGCCUUUAAGUCUUAAAUAUGGCUCGCUAUGUAUGGCUCAGAAUUUGAGUAGUAGGACCUUCUAACACAUAUUGCAAUGUAUCUAUUGUUCGGCAUCAUUCUUUUAUUUGUAAGGUACUAAAAAGCAUUGUUUUUAUUAGGAAGUAAUCAGAACAUUAUUUUUAUUUUAAUUUCAGAAAUCACCCUGUUGUUAAAAACCUUGAACUUUUUUUAUGAAAUAUAGGCAUUUAAUUGUUUUUUAAA